GCUUAGGGAAGCCGGGCUGGGAGCGAGAACAGGGAGCGGAACCGCGAGCCGCCGCCGCCAUGGGGAGCCGUGUUUCGCGGGAGGACUUCGAGUGGGUCUACACCGACCAGCCCCACGCAGAUCGGCGCCGGGAAAUCCUGGCCAAGUAUCCUGAGAUAAAAUCCUUGAUGAAACCUGAUCCCAACUUGAUAUGGAUUAUAAGUAUGAUGAUUCUCACCCAGUUGGUUACUUUUUACUUAGUAAAAGACUUGGACUGGAAAUGGGUCAUAUUUUGGGCAUAUGCCUUUGGCAGUUGUGUUAACCACUCAAUGACUCUGGGUAUUCAUGAGAUUUCUCACAAUAACGCCUUUGGCCACAACAAAGCCUUGUGGAAUCGCUGGUUUGGAAUAUUGGCUAACCUUCCUAUUGGGAUUCCAUAUUCAAUUUCCUUUAAGAGGUAUCACAUAGAUCAUCAUCGAUACCUCGGAGCUGAUGGCAUUGAUGUAGACAUUCCUACUGAUUUUGAGGGCUGGUUCUUCUGUACCACUUUCAGAAAAUUUGUGUGGAUUAUUUUUCAGCCUCUCUUUUAUGCUUUUCGACCUCUGUUCAUCAACCCCAAACCAAUUACUCAUCUGGAAAUUAUCAAUACAGUGGUUCAGAUUACUUUUGACAUUAUGAUUUACUACUUUUGCGGAAUUAAAUCUUUAGUCUACAUGUUGGCAGCAUCCUUACUUGGUCUGGGUCUGCACCCAAUUUCUGGACAUUUUAUAGCAGAACAUUACAUGUUCUUAAAGGGACAUGAAACUUACUCAUAUUAUGGGCCUCUGAAUCUAUUGACCUUCAAUGUCGGUUAUCAUAAUGAACAUCAUGACUUCCCCAACAUUCCUGGGAAAAGCCUUCCACUGGUGAGGAAAAUAGCACCUGAAUACUACGACAACCUCCCCCACUACAAUUCCUGGAUAAAAGUACUGUAUGAUUUUGUGAUGGACGAUACAGUAAGUCCCUACUCAAGAAUGAAGAGGCAUCAAACAGGGCAGGUGGAGCUGGAGUAAAUGUCUUUAUACCCAAAGAAAUUCUUUGAAGCAUCAAAAUAGGCGAUAAAGUGGAAUUCUCACAUUAUAAAAGCUAGGACCAGUAAUGCUUUACAGAGUCAGCCUGUCUCUGUAGUGCUCAGCUUUACUCAUAGGAAAUAUGUAUUAUCUAUCAUCUUUGUGGAUCCCUUCACCCAUGUCUGUCAUCUUGUAAGCAUAUCAUUAAAGAAGGCUUUCAAAAAGCCAUUUCUAGCACA